AUGUCGAUCGAAGAGAAGAACCCCGAGAUCCUUCACAAAGAACACCACCAAGACCUCGCCGCAAUCGCGAACCAAGAAGAGCACGAGACAAGCAAAUGGCAAGCCAUCAAGAAGCAACCCUGGGCCUUCAUCUGGUGCCUCUACGCCGUCUGGACCGUUCUCCUCGUCUCGUUCGAGAACCAGGCCUCCGGUUCCAUCCUCUCGAUUCCAGAGUUUCGAAAAGAUUUCGGGAACUUCUACGACGGAAACUAUGUGCUUGAUUCCAAGUGGCAGUCUGCAUUCAACGGAGCCACUGUUGCGUCUCAGGUCAUUGGGGCUCUGUUUGGAGGCCAGGUUGCAGACUGGAUCGGCCGCAGAAACGCUAUCAUUGGUGCUCUUGUCGUAUCCUUCGGUGCUGUCACGAUGGAGUUUGUCGCUACGACCAACGAGCUCUUCUUCGGGGGCAAGUUCCUCAAUGGCUUCGCGGUCGGCACGAUCCAAGCGUGCGCAGGAACAUACAUCGGCGAGAUCGUACCAUUGGCGUUGCGUGGAUUGAUGACUUGUGCCAUUGCUUUGGCAUAUACCGUCGGGCCGUUCACUGUCGCCUUGAUCAUCAAUAGCACUGGGUCGUACACUAACCGAUGGGCCUACCGUGCCAUCUUCUGCUCUCAAUACGGCUUUGCCGCCGUCGCGGCGAUGUUCAUCUACAAGGGACGCGAAGAAAAAGCCCUUCGAAGCCUCCAAAGACUCGGCUACAGAUCUGCAUCCGGCGAUGAUGUAAAAGCCCUCGCACACAUUAGCUUCACCCUCGAAGAAGUCAGACAAGAAACCGAAGGCGUCACCUACCUCGAAUGCUUCCGCAAGUCUAAUCUCCGAAGGACCAUCGUCUCCUUCGCUCCCCUCUUGAUCCAACAGUUCACCGGCAUAAACUUCGCAGCCUCCUAUUCAACCUACUACGCCCAAGUCGCCGGCUACUCAACCUCCAUGUCCUUCAAACUCCAAAUCAUCCAACAAGUCCUCUCCAUGUUCGGCAACGUGAUCUCGUGGUACCUCGUCGACAAACUCGGCCGCCGCUCCCUAACCCUCUACGGCACCAUCGGCCUCACCCUCGUCCUCUGGAUCAUGGGCGGCCUCGCAGUCGGCGGAACCACCGCGCAACUCAAAGGCCGCAUCGCCAUGAUCCUGGUAUACUGCUGGGGCUACAACGUGAGCAUCGGCGCGACGGCGUAUACGUGUUUGACGGAGACGGCGGCGGCGCGGUUGAGGGUGAAGACGAUAGCGAUUGGGCUGGCGGUUUCGAAUUCUUUCAGUUUGAUGUGGGCAUUUGUGUUGCCGUAUAUGUUUAAUCCGGGUGAGGCGGAUAUGGGAGGGACGGUGGGGUUUGUUUUUGGAGGACUUUGUGUGCCGUGUAUUGCGUUUCUUUUCUUUUUCCAACCAGAAACUGCAAACCGCAGUUAUGAAGAGUUGGAUGAGAUGUUUAGGAAGAGGGUGCCUGCGAGGCAGUUUGGGAGCUAUGUUACUGAUGUGCAGACGCAGAGCCAGCAGGUUGCAGUGGCGAUCGAGAAGUCUUAG